AGUUCAUUUACCAUUAAGUGAUCAGUUGUAGUUGAAACCAUGUGCUGUGUUACAAGAUACAUAUUUUCUUUACUUAUAAUUUAUAUAGCUCACUCAGAAGAACUACUAAGUGACUGCCCCACCAGCAGUUUAUCCACUACAUAUGGAAAACUAAAAACUGCUAUAUUAUGUGACUAUGAUGCUUAUAUUAGGCCCGUAUCGAAUCAUCAAAAUGCCACAGCUGUAUAUUUCAAAUUAAUUCUUAAAUAUUUCACAUAUGACGUAAUCUAUAGUACUCUGAGUCUAGAUGCAUGGAUGAAAGUGUAUUGGAUUGAUCAACAUCUAGUAUGGAACCCUGACGAUUAUGAUAAUAUAUCUUCAAUUUAUUUGGAGACUUAUGACAUCUGGACUCCAGAUCUUUCAAUCUAUAAUAGGGCAGAACAAGGUGGAAAUCCUUCAGCUAUAGGUUCCACCAGAUGCACAGUUUCCAACAAGGGGUCUGUUAUAUGCGUCCCAUCCUUGCACAUCGACUCUUUAUGCGUCCCGGAUCUACGUAUGUACCCUUAUGACUCCCAGGUUUGUGCAUUGCGAGUGGGUUCGUGGGUGCAAAAAGGCGAGGAGUUGGACAUAAAGCUCCUCAAAGAGGUCGUCUCACAGAAGGCGAUGGAACCGAACGGCGAAUGGGAAAUAGAAAGCUACACUGCGAAGAAAUACGCUGGACGUUAUUGCUGCCCCAACGUAACGUUUCCUUCCAUCGAAAUAAAAUUUAAGAUAAACAGACUGCAUGGGGCGCAUGCCGCUAGUAUCAUAAUUCCAACUGUCGUGGUAGUUAUUUUAACUUUUACGUCGCUGGUCCCAUCACCAGUUAACACUGAACGGUUAAUCUUGUGUUCUAUCAACUUAAUCGUCCAGUUCUUGCACGUUCAGAACUUAUCCUGGCUGAUACCUCUGAAAGGCGACCGUAUUCCAUUCCUGAUUUUAUUCGCCAGAGACUCCCUGCUAAUGUCAGCAAUUGCUCUUGUAUUUACCAUAAUAUUUAAGAGCUUGAUGCAGCGCCAAACUCUGGCUCCGAUUUGGAUAUCCACCUUGGUUUCAUACGUUAUUGGAUGUGUGCCAGGGCGAUAUUUAUUCUUAAAUGAUACCUCAGCAAAAGGUGUAGCAGCUGCUACCGGCGUGGAAGAUGGAAUGAAUAUUAUUAGUUCUGACCGAAAAAAUCCUCCUGAUUGGGAAAUAUUUGUAAAAAUUUUGGAUUUUAUUUUACUGAUUUCCUACAUAAUCGCAUAUUUCAUAAUGGCUGUAAAAUUUAUUCCAAGUUAAGUUUGUACUAUUUUCAUUUAUGUUCGUCUCAGUUUGAAUCGAAUCUAUUCAAUUGAUCGAAUCGAAUAAAAUGAUUAAUUAUAAAUACUAUAACUAUUUUCUA